AUGUCAGUAUUAAUUUCAUUGAUUGAAAAACUACCUGAAGCUGAUGAUCGAACUGACAAUGUUGAACUCUACAAUGAAGUCUUCGAUUACUAUACUUCCGAUGAAGUUAUGGAAUAUUAUGAAGAAGCUCUAAGACAAUUGGAUAAAACUUCUAUGGAUGAUACGAACAAUAGUUUAUUAUUUCGAUUUUUUCAUAUGGCAACUGAUCGAACUUAUUAUCACGAAGAACAACGAGAUAAAUUUUGUCAAUUCUGGUUACCGACAUACGAAUCGCUAUUUAAACAAUUAUUACCCGAGCAAGGUGAUGGAGAAGAUCUGAUUGAACGUGAGCGGUUAGUUGUGAUUAAGUAUUUAGUUACGAACAUGAUCGAAAUGCAGAAAACCUCGGAAAUUCAACAGUACGAACUACAAUUCAAAAACUUUCGACACAAAAACGAAUAUUUUACGAUUUUAAAGUUAAUUUUACCUUUGGUAAGCAAUUCAGAUCUUAUCGGACGUUUAGAACAAGACAAUUUCGCCAUGAUCAUCUUGGAAUAUCAAUCAAACACAUUAGAAAACACAGUGGACAUCACUCCGACAUUCGCUAUAUGGAUUAUUCUCAAACUACUGAUCAUGUUCAUUCGAACAGACAAUGAUUGUCUAUUCAUGAUCAAAAAGGAUCCACAUAUCAAACAUAUUCUCUUCACAUCUCUGCAACAUAUUCACGCGAACGAUGGAAUUAAACUCGCUCUGUGUGUCGCAGUAGGCUUAAUAGCGAACGAACAUGAUCUGAACAGCAAUACACAUAAACCGAUCGAGAUGAUCACAACAUUGAUGAAGAAUAUUCAAAAAAUUCUUGAUUCCAGUGUUGACGAAGCGAAUUAUUCUCGCUAUGGAAUACAUAUUCUCGAUAUGAUCGUCGCGCUAAAAGCAUAUUUACAACGGGAUCAAUUCAAACAUGAAUUUCUUGCAAGUGAUGGUUUAGAUUUGUUGGAUAAACUAACUCACAAUCCUUUCCAACUUGAACAACUCGAAAUAUUAGGGUUUGAAUGUCUUUUGACCAUGUCAUUCAACAAAGAUGCAGCGAACUUGCUAAAAACUAACGAAAAAUUCAUGACUCAGAUUCGAAAUCUAAUUACAAGGCCAACUGACGGUUUAUUAUGGAAAUUAGAGAAGCAAGAUGAGUUCAUACAAACGAAUACCGAAACGAAUGACUAUGACAUGGUCAUCAGUUAUAAUCGAAAUGAUUAUGAUUUAGUUUAUGAAAUUUAUCGACGAUUGACUGAAGAUUAUCAGUUGAAAGUUUGGUUUGAUAAAAAUCCAACGAUUCGGGUGUCAUGCGAAAUGAUGGCACAAGCAAUAGAUCAGUCAAAAUGCGUGCUUAUAUGUAUAUCUGAAGCGUACAAAACAAGUGGCAACUGUCGAAUUGAAGCUGAAUAUGCACAAGAUAGGAGAAAAGAAAUGAUUCUAUUAAUCGUAGGCGAAGUAGAACGUGAUAAUUGGCUGAAGUUCAUAUCAACAGAAAAAAUGUGCAUUGAUUUUGUUCAGCCGGAUUCUUUUUCUCAAGCAAUGGAUAUAUUAAUUCAUGGAAUACAGCGAGAUCAUCAAACUGAUCCAGAAACGUUAGUAAGCGUAGUAUCAACAAUUCCAUUAGAAAGCAGCAGUCCUGAUUUAAAUACAUAUAAAACUCUGCCGAUGGAAUCAUGGUCUGAUCGAGAUGUUCAGGAAUUUCUUAAGGAGAAUAAAUUAGAUCCAAUGCUUGAAUUAACGGAGUAUAUGAAUGGAGAAGAAUUGCAAGUGUUGAUUAGUCAAUGCUUAUCUCAUGGAAAUUAUUGGUCGAUGUUCGAUCGCUUGAAUAAAGAGAUGGAAAAACGUUUCCAUCAAACAUUUCCCAUUUCGGUGUAUCUCAGAUUUUUAAAUCAAGGUCAGAAAUAUUAUUCACAAACAGCAUCUUUUUGA